AAGAUUACAUUUAAACUUUGAGGUGACUGAACAGAAUUUAUUACUAGAAUACGUAUGUACGAAAAUAUGUUGAAUUUUCAUAAACAAAAAAGCAUAAAAAUUAAAUUAUUUAAUUAUGAUAUAUAUUUUUAGUGCAUUCUAUUACUAAAAAAAUUAUGUUUCUCUUAAAUUAGUAAACUUCUAGGUAAAUAUUUUAUGGUAAUCCAGACUUAUCAUCCGCACAUUAACCUUCUUAUUUGAAAAAUUGCAAAAUAUAUCUAUGUUCUGCCAAUUAAAUCACGUGUAAUUCUUGUAUAACGAAAUAUAUUAUCAUUUAAAUGAAAAAAUUAUUUUUUAUUAUUGUAUUUAGCAUUAGUCAUAUAGGUUAAUAAAAAUAACAUCAGCCAUUGUUAUAAAUACGUCAUUGAAAACAAGUAAUUCUCUGAAUACAUGUUAAACAUCCAAUAGCUACUGCUAUUAUAUUAUCAUUUUAAGUACUAGAUUAGAGUUAUUUCCGGUUCAAUAAAAAAGGCUCGUUUCUUUCUGCGAUACAGUACACAAUUAUACAAUUGAUAUAUCGUGCUGGGUUGAUUUAACAAAUACAAACGAUUAUCAGUAUGGCAUCUCAGGUGCACGAAUUUAAUGUAGAAAUGACAUGUGAAGGAUGUGCCACCGCUGUAACAAAUGUACUUAAUAAGAAGGAAGGUAUUAACAAUGUGCAGGUAGAUCUACAAGGAAACAAGGUGUCUGUAACAUCUGCACUUCCUUCUGAUGAAAUAUUACAAGUUAUUAAGAAAACUGGAAAGUCAUGUCAAUUUUUAGGAAUAAAAAAAUAAUUGUACUUUAGAUUUAAUGUUACUUUUUGUUAUAUUAAAAUUUAUAUUUUCAUUCUUCUAUAAAAUUAUUGUAUUGUAUGUAGCUUUUUACAUUAAAAUCUCAAAUUUUACAAAAA